CGGCUUCGGGUCCGCAAUAUCAGUCUGUCCGCUGCGCAUAGUCGAAACGGAAGGAAAAUCGCUUUAAUUCCCUGUGAUCUGUGUUUGCGUGUUGAACUCGAGUUUUCAGUUCGUUGUUAUCUGUUCAAUUUCACUUGGAUGUGCAAUUGCCGACGCUAAAAAUACAUACGUACCGCGUGCAAGAAACAGAGAGUAUCGUCCGACGCUCAAUUAAAUUACAAAAAAUUAUUUAAACAUUUAUAAACGCCACGUUCUCGCGUUCUAACAAACUCUCCGCCAAUAAAAAAUACACUCAAGCAGCACACAUUACAUAUACUCGACCACGCUGUAUAAUUAGUUACUUGCCGCUGAUAUUUCCAACACGCCGCAUAGCAACAAUAACCAUAUCAAACAUUUCGAUGAUCUGAAGUGACAAGUUUUUGCAUCGAAAUAAAAGUGUGUUUGGUUCCCAAUCGCCGCCAAUCAAACCAAUCGCAUAGAGAGUGUAAUCCGGAAAAAGUUAUACACACCCAACCCUGCGCCUUUUCAAUGUAGCCCUUCAUGGAUAAUUAACACGAGAGCGUUGUGUGACUAUAUAGCAAAAUCGUGUUAAAAUCGUGUUCGCAGUGGCUGAAUUUAGCAGCGAUCCAACGAAUAGUGUCAUCUUGAAACUAAAACCCCCCUGCGAAUUUCUCUUAUUUGUCGGCGCGGAAUUCGCCUGAGUCACGAGCCAUUUCAAUUUUCCGUUCUUCAAAUGGGUUGACUUGUGAUAUUGCUGCUUCCUGGACCCGGGAAACAAAAGGGAUACAAAUUGAACCUCAAAAGACAUAGCCAAGCUCCAAUAAACGCAUCGCCAAACCACCGCAGCCAUUUAAAGUCAAUAGUUAGCACGAAUAUAACCACCUGGAAACCGUUGGAAUCUCUGCUUGAAAGCAGCGCACCACCCAUGAACCAAUCGGCCAAGGCGCUCAACAGCGUGGCCACCGAGAUCAGCACCUCCUGCUCCUCAAGCACCCUCACCAUCCAUCCACAGAACCACCUGCACACUGGCCACCUGAUUGCCCACCGUCUUGGACACUCCUACGCCGCUCGUGCCGAUCACAAUUAUCUGGGAUAA